AUGGCAUUGGCAUUGCCAAGAUUUAUCGUCCUCAGAUCCGAUGAGAAGAACGAAUACCUGGGCUUCAUCCAUGAAAAUGGGAAGUCUGAUGGGUAUCUGGAAUUCUCGGAAACUCAGGCUGUGAGCCCAUAUGCAAAAUUUGAAGUGGAGAUGGCCGCAGGAUCUGGUAAAGAUGGCUUGGUGCACAUAAGGAGCUGUCAAAACAACAAAUACUGGGUACGAACCAAAAAUCUUUCCGCUACUGAAAAACCAGGGGAGGGCUAUUGGAUUACUGCAACGGCCAGCAAGCCGGAGGAGACCAAUCCAAGGAGUCGUGCACAUUGUUCAAGCCUACAUCUUUGGAAUCCAGUACCUGGUGAUCGCUGCGUGUUGGCAAACUACAAAGACUUUGAUGGUAAUUCCUGCGAUAUCUUUACAAUCAUUGAUUGGGAGUCGUUGUUGAUUCUGCCGAAGUAUGUAGCAUUCAAAGGAAAUAAUGGUCAGUAUCUAUGUCUUCGUCGGAUCGAAAAGCACCCAUAUUUGAAGUUUGCGACUGAUGAUAUUGGUGAUUCAACUGUGCCAUGCGAGAUUUUUGCUACUCACGAUGGAAACAUCCGCAUCAAGCCCACUUGUUCAGAAAAAUUUUGGAGACGCAGCCCAAAUUGGAUUUGGGCCGAUUCUAAUGACGACGCUACCACCGUCAACAUCCCGGUGGACACCUUGCUUCGCCCCGUCAAAGUUGACAAUCGCACAAUAGCACUUACCAACUUGGCCAACAAUAAUUUCUGCAAGAGCCUCACAACUGAGGGAAAGACAAACUGUCUUAAUGCAGCCGUCCCCUCUGUUGCCAGAGAUGCCCGGCUAACGGUGGAAGAGCCUGUCAUGACAAGACAAAUUCAUAAUGUCAAAUAUAAACUUGAUUAUUCCAGGGUCUAUGAUGAAAGAAUUAUUGUUGCAGCUAAAAAUGGUGCCAGUAACUAUAGCCAGCAAUCCUCCACUUUAGACGUGAAGCUUUCCUAUACAGAUACCAAGACUAGUACUUGGAAAACUAAUUUUUCACUAAAGUUGGGAGCGAAAGCCACCUUCGAUGUCAACCUGCCACUCAUUUCUGAGGGGAAGAUUGAAUUAUCCGGUGAAGUUCAGUCAGGAAUUGAGUGGGGAGAGACCAAGACAAUUACCACUGUAGUGGAGGUUGUACACAAAGUUGUUGUGCCUCCGAUGACUAAAGCGACGGUGGAUCUGAUUGCAACAAAUGGUAAGUGUGACGUUCCCUUCUCAUUCACUCAAAGGGACAGUCUUUAUAAUGGGACCACUGUCACAACUCAAGUGCAAGGUGGCACUUACACUGGUUCUAAUUACUACAACAUCAGCUUUGAAACCAAAGAAGAGAAGUUGAAGUGA